AUGAGCUCAGGGCCACAGCUGCACAGGUGGCCUAAGGAGAAGGUGGCCCAGACUGCGCUACAGCUGUCCAGAGUCACUCACAUCCCCACAGACAUCUUCCAGGUAGAGCUGGGCCUCUCGUGGGAUGUGGGGCCUCCAAGGCCUAGUGACAGCUGUUGGCUGUGCCUUCCUUCUAUAAAGCAGGGGUGCCUACGUGGAAUUCGCGAAGCUGCCAAAGCCUUAGACAAGCGCCAGGCCCAUCUUUGUGUGCUUGCAUCCAACUGUGAUGAGCCUAUGUAUGUCAAGUUGGUGGAGGCCCUUUGUGCUGAACACCAAAUCAACCUAAUCAAGGUUGAUGACAACAAGAAACUAGGGGAAUGGGUAGGCCUCUGUAAAAUUGACAGAGAGGGAAAACCCCGUAAAGUGGUUGGUUGCAGUUGUGUGGUGGUUAAGGACUAUGGCAAAGAGUCUCAGGCGAAGGCUGUCAUCGAGGAAUACUUCAAGUGCAAGAAAUGAACAAAUAAACUUGGUUUUUGUUCCAAAAAAAAAAAAAAAGAAAAGAAA